AUGCUGCACGUUUGGCAGGCUUCAGGGGAACUCCUGGAGGCCAUAGCCCUGGAGGAGCUGAGUGAUGUGCAAAGUUUGAAGCAGCGCCUUCAGAAGAAAUGUGGGAAGCCACGCUUCAGACAGCGCCUUAUUCAUGACGGUUCUGUCUUGGCAGAUGAUGAAAAGCUGGACUCAUCAAUGGACGUGCAGUUAAUCCUACAGCCGUGGGUUGUCCCCACAUCGGAGCAAAAGCAAGAACUGAUAACGGCCUGCGUGCUUGGUAAGGAAAGGCAAGUUGAGGAGCUACUUCAACUUCCAAUGGAUCCAAACUAUCAGCUUUUCUAUGCAGGUACACUGCAGUCUCCGCUGGGAGAAGCAGCUAAAAGGGGCUUGUUGGAGAUUGUACAGACCUUGGUGGAAGCCGGCGCGCGGAGCCAAGGCUCUGAGACCCUCACAUCUCUGGCAGAGAUGGCUUUCUCAACGGACCGGACUUUCACUCCAGAAAGGCUUGAGAUUGUAAGCUUGCUCUGGCAAACCAAUGAAGAAGCCAUAAAAAUGCGUGACCUGCUUGCAGGGCUAUCUUUGCGCGUUCCUUUAAGUGCUGAUGGCAUGCAGAUGUUGCACUUCGCAGCGCAGCUUUGUUUGAAGGCAGGCAGAGCUGAAUUCUACCCAGCAUUGCUUUCUGUGGCGAUUGCCAAGCGGCAUGUUAAUACAGUUAGGCACCUCCUGGACGCUGGUGUGGAUGCAAACUGCACGGAUUUGGAUGGCAAGCCACAACUUCUGGCAGCAGCUGAAUUGGGACAUCUCGAGAUCGUGCGUCUCCUGCUGCAGGCCGGGGCUAGCAAGAACUUGAGCGGGACCGCUGGAGACCUCACGCCUUUGGCGCUAGCACGCGAGAAAGGCUACGAAGAGAUUGUGCGUUUGUUGGCCGAGGACGAUCUCGGGGACCAGAGGCCCUAA